AUGGCAGCUGAAGCGCCCACCGCCAAUGGCACGUCUACCAGCGACUACCAAGCACUAUGGGCGGACAAAUACCGUGGUGCGACCGUAGAAGACCUUGACCCCCCGCCUGCGCUGUCCAUCCAGCCCUCGGACCCCAUAUCAUGGGCGCUCAUGUCCGGCCUUGAGCGCGACUACACACACCUCACAGUCAUCUCGCAAACGAACCGCGCCCUACUCGGCUACAUCAGCAUCCCGCAUCUCCAGCAACUCCUCAAAGAGGGUAAAGUCAAGGACAGCGACCCAGUUGAGGCUGCCAUGCACAAGUUCCAACGUCGCGGCAGGCGAUACAAGGUCAUCACCACCGAGACGCCUCUGGAAGAGCUCGAGGAGUUCUUCGCCGGCGGGGUAGACGGAAGCGGAAAGCAGGAGUUUGCGGUAGUGACAGACGCGAGCAGGAAGUUCGUCCUGGGCGUGGCUACACGGGCGGAUCUAGAGAACUUUGCGAAGAGGAGGGCAUAA